GGGAGAGAGAGAGAGAGAGAGAGAGAGAGAGAGGGAAAGAGAGGGAGAGAGAGAGAGUUGAUGGUGAGGAGGCACACAGAGGCCUGCUGGGUACAGUUACACAGUCUCCUGUUGGGCUGGGCAGUGCGCUCCGGUGGAAGAACCGGAGGCGUCCCUGCCUGAGAUAUAAACCCCUGGAUUCAGAGACAUUCCCACAGCGCAGAGACGAGAGAGAGAAAGAGAAAGCGGGAGAGAGCGAGGGAAAGAGGGAGAGAAAGAGAGACAGGGAGAGAAAAAGGGAGAGAAAGAGAAAGAAGCGGUAAAGGAGUAACGGCAGCGGUCCCAGACGUCCCCCCCCCCCACCUCGGCGUUCCACAGCAGCGGGAGGUGAGCGCUGGAGCCCGCGCUGGACAGGAGGACCGGGCCUCGGCGCCGGGGGGCGUGGGGGGCCCCCGCGCUGGCCCCGGCCCGUCAGAGGAGGUCCGCGGCGGCCCCCGCCGACAUGGCGGCCGGCGGGAUCACCACCCUCCCCCCGCCGCCCGAGGACGGGGGCAGCUCCUCGUUCCUCCCCGGGUCCUUCAAGGAGCUGAAGAGGCUGUACUGCAAGAACGGGGGCUACUUCCUCCGGAUCGCCCCCCAGGGACGCGUGGACGGGGUGCGGGACAGGGGCGACCCGUACACAAAGCUGCAGAUACAGGCGACUGCCAUUGGGGAAGUGGUCAUCAAGGGCGUCUCGGCUAACCUCUAUCUGGCGAUGAGCACGGACGGCAGGCUGUUUGGAACGAAACGCGUGACGGACGAGUGCUACUUCAUCGAGAGGCUGGAGGCCAACAGCUACAACACCUACCGCUCUCGCAAGAGUCCCGACUGGUACGUGGCCCUGAAGAGAACGGGCCAGCAGAAGUCCGGCUCCAGAACCGACCCGGGCCAGAAAGCCAUCCUCUUCCUCCCCAUGUCCGCCGUGUGCUGAUGGACGCCAAACUCUUCGCGCGAACGCCACCGCGGCGCGCCACAACGUUCUUUUUGAGGUUCGCCGCCGUGUUGCGGCGGCGGGCACAACGUUGCCGCGACGCCAGAGCGACGCCGCCUCGCGUGAUAACGCUCGAGAGCGCUACGCAAACUUUCUUCACCUUUCCUACAGCAUAAAAACACAAAUCUGUACCGAUAGUUUACGCAUCAUACACCUUUAAACUCGAAAUAUUUACAGAAUGUGAAUUCAUGAGUAGACUGUUACGUUUCGGCUGUUUCAAAGCAGCACGCAGUAUUUAGCAGUUAUGUAGAAAAUACACUAAAAUAUACUAUAAAAAUAUAUUCAAAUAUGCAGCCAGAAGGUCAUGUUAAAUAAGUACUCAGUAGUUGAUUGCAUAAAUUAAAAUAGUUUUCGUGAAUAAUGCCCUGUAUGUGGGGUUAAAUGCAUUUCAGAUUCCUUUCGUACAUUUUCUCUGUAUAUCUGUUUGAACCCAACGUGUGUAGAAAUGGUUUAAUCAAAGUAAUUGAUGGCAAAUAUUUUCUGUUCUCCAAGCAAGACUGAAUGUAAUGAUAUUUUUCGAGAUUUUAUGGCAAAAUCCUGCGCAUUUUAUUUGUAUUUUUCACUGUGAUGAAAGUUAACAUGAACAUCUUAUGUAUGAUUCCUUGUGCAAACCACUGGUAUUUAAAAUAUAGAAAGAGAGACAGAGACAGAGAGACAGACAGAGACAGAGAGCAGUCUGUAAACAUUUGGACAGUGACAUCAUUUUUGUUGUUUUGGCUUUAUACCCAGCACAUUGGACUUGAAAUCAAACAACGGAUAUCAGGUUAAUAUGCAGACUAGCAGUUUUAAUUUAAGGGUAUUUACAUCAACAUGAUCCAUGCAUGAAUUACAGCCCUUUUUAUACAUAGUCCCCCAUCCCCCACCCCCAUUUCACAAAACAAAAACCGUGUCACUGUUUAAAUACUUAUGGACUCUGAACUGCAUUUAUAUAUAUAUAUAUAUACUUGUAGAUGGAAACAGGUACUCUGACUGUACUUUACUUGCUUGUUUGUGUAAUUUAAAGAGUUAUAUUUUCUUUUGACUGUAAAAAAGACCCACGGUAAGAAAACUGUUCAUAAGACAACAAAAAGUUCAUGUAAACCUUUUAGUAGUGUGUUGUGUUUCUUAACACAAAUGUAAUUGCAGACCAUAUUUAUUAUAGUGACAUAUUACUAUUGAUAGCGCCAUGCUGUAAGUGAAUAUGUGGGAUUUCUUCUCUAUAUUUAUGAUUUAAAAAAAACUUUGUAUAUUAUCAAAUGAUUUUUGACCAAAUACUAAUAUAUCUUAUGUGAGAAGCUGCUGCAAUACUUAGCACAUCAUAAAUUAAUCAUGGUGACUUGAAAUAUGCAUUUCAAAGACAAAAAAAAAAUGUAUUUAUGUAACAUUAAAUAUCCUAGUGGUGUAAAAUCUACAUGAUAAAAAAAACAUGCUUUGACUUUAUGAAGAAUUGUUAAAACUUAAUAUUCUUAGGGUUUGAGUACAAACCUGGUGCAAAGAUGUAGGAAUUAUGAGUUUACUUAAGAUUGCACUGAAAGUUGACGAAAAUGAGAAAAUGGUUAUUUUAGAAAUUAACAUUUUAAGUAAAGACAAUACUGUAUGAAGUAUUGGAAAUAAACAUGCUGUAUUCUCAGUAAACUAACCAUAUAUACCCCCAGACAAGAUACAGCUGCAUUCCACAACAUUUCUUUGGUCAGUAAACAGAGUAACGCUUUCUUAUUGUUAGCUUUGUAUCUGAUUCACAGGGAAAGCAAGACUACAAUCAGAGCCACAACCAGUAAUGCUUCAAUGUAUCCAAUCUUUGUAUGGUGUUCUGCAGAAAUAGUGCAUUCUUGUAAUUAACGCAGUAUCUAUAUUAAAUGUAUCAUUUUAAAUGCUAUUUCAUGAUUGUUUUAUUUUAUGGAAUUUAUAAAUAAGUUGAAAUUGAUAAAGACUGGUGUUCUACUGAUUGUCUCACCUUCCUUCAAAAGGAAGCGUAAAGAUAUGUAAGACAAAAUGCUGCUGGAAAUUAUAAUAUAGAUCUAUACUUGUUCAGAAUAUCCUUUACAAUCUCCUAAAUGUAUGUAAUAAUAUUGAUACCAAUAUUAUAUUAUCUUAACUGGUGUAGUGUAGUCUGUUGUAUUAAGAUUUAUGACUCUGAUUAAAUGUAUCCAUUUUACUUUUAGUAGACAGCUGCUUUUGUGAAAACUGACAUUUUAAUAAAACAGAAAAAAAUAUUUUGAUCUAAA